CUCAUGAAGCAAGCAGAGCAGCUCGCCAAGUCUGAUCCAAAGCGCGCGGAGCAGAUAUACAACGAUAUCCUUGGCAAGCCAUUAGACAAGGAUGCUGCGAUUGCGGAGACCGCUGCAACAUUGCGGCAUCAGGAGACUGCUCUCGUAAAGCUUGGGGAACUCUACCGGGACCAGCACAACGCGGAAGGUGUAGCGGAGGUCAUCAACAAGUCAAGAACGUUCAUGUCAUCAACAGCAAAGGCAAAGACAGCCAAACUCAUCCGGACAUUGCUCGACUUUUUCGCCCCGAUUCCCGACAGCAAGGACAUUCAGAUGCGAGUGCUUCGGACCAACAUUGAAUGGGCAAAGCAAGAGAAGCGGAUAUUCCUCAAGCAGAGUCUCGAGACCCGGCUCGUCGGAUUGCAGCUAGAGGCCCAACAAUACAAGGCCGCUCUCACCCUCAUCGACACGCUUCUUAUAGAACUCAAACGGUUAGACGAUAAGAUGGUCCUCACCGAGGUUCACUUGCUGGAGAGCAGAGUGUACCGAGGCACCGGCAAUUUCCCCAAGGCCAAGGCCGCUUUGACAUCGGCGCGAACUGCCGCAAACUCAAUCUAUUGCCCACCAUACCUCCAAGCGCAGCUCGACCUCCAGUCCGGCAUCCUGCAUGCCGAAGACAAGGACUAUGUUACAGCAUAUUCGUACUUCUACGAGACAUUCGAGAACCUCACGCAGCAAGACGACCCGAAGACGCUACUCGCAUUGAAGUACAUGCUCCUUUGCAAAGUCAUGCUAAACUUGCCUGACGACGUGACUUCUCUCCUUUCCAUCAAGCUCGUCGCCAAGUACGCGCAGCUCCGAGACGUCGAGAGCAUGCGCGCCAUCGCACGCGCGCAUAAGAACCGGAACCUCGCCGACUUUGAGCAGGCGCUCAAGGACUACCGCGAAGAGCUUUCGUCGGAUAUCACCAUCCGCACACACCUCUCGGCGCUGUACGACACUCUGCUCGAACAGAACCUCCUCCGCAUUGUCGAGCCGUACUCUGUCGUCGAGGUCGAGUACGUGGCCCAGCAAGUCGGCCAGGGCCGUCAGGCCGUCGAGCUCAAGCUGUCGCAGAUGAUCCUCGACAAGGUGCUGCACGGCGUGCUGGAUCAGCAGCGCGGCAUCCUGCUCGUGUACGACGAGCCCGUGCCAGAUAAUACGUAUGGAGCGGCGAUUGAGACGCUUGAGCAGGUUGGCAAGGUCGUGGAUUCGCUGUACACCAAGACGGUCAAGAUUGCAUAAUGUAUAAUGGAGUUCUUUGUGUCCAUAGCUGUUACAUAUCAUUUUACUAUUCAUGUUUCUUCGCUUCCUCCAGUCUCGUUCAUCCUGCGCGACUGCCACAUACUUACCGGUGUGGAGCGGCGCGAUGACCC